AUGCAGGAGUCGGCGCAAACUGCGACUGAGUUCGACUUCGAUCUUGACCUUGGGUCUGGCCUGGAUAAUGAAAUCGACGCAAGGAUCGGUACCUUCUGCAUCGACGCUGGCAUGACCAAUGGCCAGUCGCUGAACGACUUGGAGAUUCCAACAAACCUUACACCAGUGAAGGCAAGCUUCGCCACUACAGAACUAUCCCAAGCCCACCUACCGAACGGGUCGUAUUCGCAUGUAAACGAUCCAUCAAAUUACAACUCGCUUCUUGUCUCACAAGCCUUUGAGUACUAUGAACCGCAGGAUUACUAUGCCCCUCAAGAAACGCCCUACUUCAAUAACUGCUUCAGCUCCUUUGCUCCUUCCGGAGAUUUGUUCGGCACACCAGGCCUUACCGCGGUACCUGGAAACAGCGCCUUUGCUGGGUACGGGCUUGGUCAAUACCCAUCACGCCCAUGUAUAUACCCGACUGAUUCUUGGCCAGUACCUGCUGAAGCCGUGUCUCUCCCAAAAGACAACACAGACUAUCUACCAGUUGGCACCUCGUCUUACAAUGACAAAAAAGCACAGUUUGUAACACGUUCUCGUGAAGAGCCGCUGGCUAUCACGGAUUCGCAAGCAUUCACAACCGGGUAUGUCCCAGCUUCAAACACGCAUGGUGCCUUUUCUCCGUUUGACGACAAGAGGUACCCGCCACCCGCAGGUUCUAGCACGCACUUUAAGCUGGAUAAGCUACAAGAGCUGCCUUUUUACUCUGACGAUGACUACCAGGAGACCAAGACGAAGGUGGAGAGAGCAUCCGAGCGAGCGACCCGGAAACAACGCCGUAACGUCUCUGUGAGCUCUGACAGUAGCCCCACCGAAAUUCCGUCUGAACCAGCGAAAUACGCCCCGGGCGAGAAACCAAAAAAGGUCGAUGCAAAACCGUGGAUCCGCACGAAUGCGAACACUGAGGGUGACACACGAACUGCGAAAAUCAAUAAUUGGAAGAACAGAUAUGAGUAUAAGCCGCUGCCAACUGGCAAUUGGUGCUCUGGGAAACACACGUUCAAGUACACUCAGUACGAGAACGUGGAUUUCCUUACGGAGGCGCCCAUGUCCACCAGGAGGCUCAAGGAGUACAUUGUAAAGUAUCCAACCGACAAUGAAAAACGGCUCGUUCUCUGGAUCCAGAAAAUGCCAGCUGAUCAGGGUCGACGCUACGGAUCAAGGCAGCAUUCCAAGUGCGUGUUUAGGGACUGUCCCAUCCAGCGCUAUGUCGAAGGAACCAUCAGCACCGGUGAGUAUCGUGUUGCGUUCGAUGAGAAGCACUACACAUAUGGGGACCAUGUAGAUCCCUACGACUGUGCAGCCUUUGCUCACCUGUACUGCAUGGAGCAAUUCUUGGACUUCGAACAGGUGUGUCAGGUGGCCGAUGUGCGCAUUGACACGCGCCUUGAUAUGCCACUUGAGCCCAAUGGCAAAGCAGCGUUCUCCAUGGUAGACGUCCCUGCUCGACACGAAAUGGAACGGUUUGUCAAGGCAGCUUCGAAAGGCAAGCUUCGGUACACACAGCGAUGGCAUAAUUACCCCAUUCAUUCCGACUACGAUCGGGAUCAGCAGAAACCUCAUGAACAUACGCUUACUUACUUGGCACAUCGCAUGUAUGAAGCUCACCAGGACGACUCGCACAAGAGGCAGGCUGCUCUCCGCCGCGUUACUGUAUCACAACGGCGCGUACACCUGGGCGAUUUGGAGAUGAGCGUGGCAGACAAACGUAUCAUGAUAGAGGUUUUUGGUGGGAAGAAGAAGGGGCGGAAGGGCAGAGUGGAAGACCACUAUGACAAGCGGAUUCUUUACCAGAUCAACCGAGCCAAACAGGAAGCUGAAGGUUUCCUCAGAAGGAGGCGUCAGACAACCAAUUCCAGUAGGAAGGGAAGAAAACGCAAGGCCAUCGAGCGCGAGGAGACAGAUGAUGAAGAGUCCACACACGAGACAAACUCUAGUGCGUGCGGGACUGAGCAGCAAGCAUGUGCUACUCCACCACGAAAGACGUGUACCCCUCGACACAAGAAGCAAAAAGUCAACUAUGCAGAGUCUCCGAUAGAUGCACAGCACGACGUUGCUCAAGUGCCGGGCACGCAGCCUCUAGCUGGCGAUGCUCCAGAGCAGCUACAGCAAAUUCAGACCUACAUGGCAACGGACUUCAGCUACGAGCCUGCUCCAGCACACGCCCAAGAACCCGUUGACCCUGCCCUCGACAAGACUCUCGACACAGCCUACGGCCUCUACGCCGUCCCCGCAACACCUAACCUCGACAUAUCCAACUUUUCCAUAUGCGAGGAUGACUUGUCCGACGACAAACUCGAGAAGCUUCUGGCUUUGGAGAGACGUCAGUCCUAUGCGGCAGACAUUGGCCCAAUGAGUAUCCUCAAGAGCCCUGAUCUCAUCCGUGGUGGCCGCACACCACGACGAGCGGGUUUUGGUGCUCAGCCUGUGAGCUCGAGCAAAGAGUACUUUGUCAAUGAUCCACCGAGCUUAGUGGCGGUUUCAAAACAUGUGCCACUCGUGGUUGAUGUGGGUCGUCGUAGCGCACGGAUCGCGGCAAAGACGAGCUGGCCGCAGCAGACGGUUGGUGAACGGAGGAUGCGGAAACGUGCUCGAUAA